AAUAACGCAGCUGUGGCUGCUGUGAGUGCAGGCAGCAACCUUCAACCCGGUGGCAUGAUAGCGCCGGCAGUCGCCAUAAGCCAAUCCGGGCCUGGUAACGGCACAACUCAGAAAUGGCUCAACAAGAAUACACGCUACUAAGUGACCAACUUUUCACAUACAAAGGAAUGGUGUUUCCUAUAAAAGACUAUCAUUUCAUUUCUCCAGAAUAUAUUGACAGUUUGAAGGAUUUUGAAAUAAGGGACGAUGACGUCUAUGUCGUUACCUUCCCGAAAUCUGGAACGGUUUGGAGCCAGCAAAUCCUGACCUCACUGUAUGAAGAAGAUUUCCCAGAGAAAGUAAAUGAAACCACGUAUGAGCGGAUGCCCUGGCUGGAGCUUUUGCAGAGGGGGAAAGAUUACACCUUACGUCCGUCUCCAAGACUCUUUUGUUCCCAUUUACAGGAGCACCUCCUGCCCAAAGGAUUGCAAGGAAAAGGAAAAAUCAUCUACAUUAUGAGAAACCCAAAAGACAUCAUGGUGUCCUACUUUCAUUUUUCCAAGAACAUGAAGUCCUUGGAAACAUCUGAGAGCUUCAAUGACAUGCUGGAUAAGUUUUUCACAGGAUGGAUGCUCGGUGGAUGUUGGUUUGACCACAUCAGAGGAUGGAUCUUAAAUCAAGACAAAUACAACAUCUUGUUCUUGACAUAUGAAGAGAUGAUCAAGGACCUCAGAUCUGUCAUUGUGAAAAUCUGUACGUUUGUUGGGAAGAAUCUGUCAGAUGCAGCAAUCGAUAAAGUUGUGGAAGAAGCAUCUUUUAACAACAUGAAAAAAGACCCCAAAGCCAAUUAUGAAUUCCUGCCUGGAGAAGUCACAGAUCGCCCAAAAGGACUAUUUGUGCGCAAAGGAACUAUUGGAGAUUGGAAGAACUCAUUAACUGUAGCACAGAAUGAACGCUUCGACCGCGUAUACCAAGAGAAAAUGAAGGGACUUCAACUUAACUUUAUCUGGGACAUCACUGAACAACACAACUAAAAAGCAACAAAAUUUUCUAAAUAGUAUGUACACUGUAAAAAACUAUGUAGUACUUAAAUGAGUAAGUUUAAUCAACUUAGUCAUUUCAACUAAGUUUUGUUUCCAUUAGUUGCUGUGACUGUAAGUUAGCUUAAUUAUUUCAACUUUAUUUUGUAUAAUUUAUAACAACUCCUUGCUAUAAGAAAGUUAAAAUUAUGAUUUGUAUGUUCAGAUUUUUCAAACUUAAAGAAACAGUAGGAUUGUGGUCAAAACUGAUAUUGCAUUCACAAAACAUGUGGCUAAAACUGGUACUGCAAUCACACAACUUGUGGCCAAUUCACAACAUGACAACAUAAACAUCAGUUGAGGGCUGCAACUCAUGAAAAUUAUUUCUUAAAGGUGCUCUAAGCGAAUUGACGUGUUUUAGACCAUAAAACAUUUUUUGUUACAUACAGCAAACAUCUCCUCACUAUCUGCUUGCUGCCUGUCCGCUGAUCAAACUGUAAAAAAACGCAAUCUCUGUAGACAGCCCAGGCUUCACAAACGGCAAUAACAACACAGUGGCCAAACCUAGCACCACAAAACAAAACAAAGUGUUCCAGCCAAUAAA